CGCGCUCCGUCUCCCGCCGCCAGCCAGCCUCCCGCCGGGCUCCCGCGGCCGAGAGCGGGAGAAAGUCCUGCUGGUGGGCGGUCGCGGGGCUGCGAGCGUCCGGCAUCCCGGGGCCGCUCUGGCCCGGGCGGCGAGGGGGCCCGGCGGUCCAUGCAUCCGCCGCCGCCCGCCGCCGACGCGAUGGAUUUCAGUCAGAACAGCCUGUUCGGCUACAUGGAGGACCUGCAGGAGCUCACCAUCAUCGAGAGGCCGGUCCGCCGGAGCCUCAAGACACCCGAAGAAAUAGAAAGAUUGACAGUCGAUGAAGACCUCAGUGAUAUUGAAAGGGCUGUUUAUCUGCUCAGUGCUGGUCAAGAUAUCCAAGGAACAAGUGUGAUUGCAAAUCUUCCAUUUUUGGUGCGACAGAAUCCUGCUGAGACACUUCGGAGAGUCUUGCCGAAAGUUAGAGAAGUCCUGCAUGUGGCGGGAGUGGAAAUGCAGUUAACGGCUGCGGUGUCGUUCCGGACCAUUCUACAGGAAGAAUCAGUGUCAAUUCAUACAUAUGCCCACUCCUUCCUCCAAGUCAUUCUGCUACAUCUGGAGCACAGGGAUGCAGGUGUCAGCAAUGCAUGGUUGGAAACUCUUCUCUCUGUAAUAGAAGUAUUGCCCAAAGAAACCCUAAAACAUGAGAUUUUGAACCCACUUGUUUCCAAGGCACAACUUUCCCAAACUGUCCAGUCUCGUUUAGUUAGUUGUAAAAUUUUAGGAAAAAUGACCAACAAAUUUGAUGCCCAUACCAUUAAGAGAGAGAUACUUCCCCUGGUAAAAUCACUCUGUCAAGAUGUGGAAUAUGAAGUUCGAUCUUGUAUGUGUCGGCAAUUAGAGAACAUAGCUCAGGGCAUUGGGACAGAACUUACAAAAAGCGUGGUGCUCCCUGAGCUAAUAGAACUCUCCAGGGAUGAAGGCAGCAGUGUGCGGCUUGCUGCUUUCGAAACUUUGGUUAAUCUGCUUGACGUGUUUGACACAGAUGACAGAAGUCAAACUAUCCUUCCCUUAGUGAAAUCAUUUUGUGAAAAAUCUUUCAAAGCGGACGAAUCCAUUCUUAUUUCCUUAUCUUUCCAUUUAGGAAAACUAUGCCAUGGACUCUAUGGAAUUUUUACUCCAGAUCAACACUUGCGAUUUUUGGAGUUUUAUAAGAAGCUGUGUACGCUGGGUUUGCAACAAGAAAAUGGACACAAUGAAAAUCAGAUUCCACCCCAAAUCCUAGAGCAGGAGAAGAAAUAUAUUUCAGUACGGAAGAACUGUGCUUAUAACUUUCCGGCCAUGAUUGUUUUUGUUGAUCCUAAAAACUUCCACAUGGAACUCUAUUCUACAUUCUUCUGCCUUUGUCAUGACCCUGAAGUACCAGUCAGAUACACUAUUGCCAUUUGCUUUUAUGAAGUCUCUAAACUUCUGAAUUCUGGAGUAUAUUUAAUACAUAAAGAACUGAUAACAUUAUUACAAGAUGAAUCACUGGAGGUACUAGAUGCUCUGAUAGAUCAUCUUCCAGAAAUCCUUGAACUUAUGUCUACCGGUGGAGAAAGCAGUGUUCAAGAAAAUAAGUUGUCAUCUCUGCCUGACUUGAUUCCGGCACUCACAGCCGCCGAGCAGCGAGCUGCGGCCUCCUUAAAAUGGAGAACUCAUGAGAAGCUACUGCAGAAAUAUGCCUGUCUGCCACACGUCAUAUCCAGUGAUCAGAUUUAUUACCGUUUCUUGCAAAGAAUGUUCACGAUCGUGAUGACAAAUAAUGUCUUACCUGUCCAAAAGGCAGCUUCACGAACGCUAUGCAUUUUUCUACGUUAUAAUCGUAAACAAGAACAGAGACAUGAGGUCAUUCAAAAAUUAAUUGAACAACUGGGCCAAGGAAAAAGCUAUUGGAAUAGACUUCGAUUUUUGGAUACCUGUGAAUUUAUUAUAGAGAUCUUCUCCAAAUCAUUUUUCUGUAAAUACUUCUUUCUACCCGCUAUUGAACUGACACACGAUCCAGUGGCAAAUGUGAGAAUGAAACUUUGCUACUUGUUGCCCAAAGUGAAAUCUACUCUGAAGAUCCCUGCAGAUAAGCAUCUGCUUCAGCAGUUAGAAAUGUGUGUGAGGAAACUCCUCUGUCAAGAAAAAGAUAAAGAUGUUCUGGCUAUUGUAAAGAGAACCGUGUUAGAGCUGGACAGGAUGGAAAUGUCUAUGGAUGCGUUUCAGAAAAAGUUUUAUGAAAAAGAUUUGUUGGAUCAAGAGAAAGAAAGAGAAGAACUACUACUUAUGGAAAUGGAACAGUUAGAGAAAGAGAAGCAGCAGAGCGAUGGGAGGCCCAUGAGUGAGAAAAGCUUUGAAAAGAAACGUAGAGACACCAAGACACCGACGACUCUGCCCAAGAGCAUCCCCAUCUCUGUUCCCGGACCCUCCGGAACCAGCACCCCGUCGACAAGCAAAGAAAUCAAGAAAUCCAAACUGAUCCGAAGCCAGUCUUUUAAUAAUCAAGCUUUUCAUGCGAAAUACGGCAACUUAGACAAGUGUGCUAGCAAAAGUUCUACAGUAGGAUAUACACCUUCCGUCUCAGGGUUAGGAAAGACUUCUGUGGUUUCACUAACUGAUGAUUCAUUCCGUACUCGUAAUGCCUGUAGUGCCCCAACCACCUUUUCUCCCAACGCUUCCCUGCCGGGCACCUCCCGUGGGACAGGUAACUCCGUCGAUCCAAAGAGCAGUGGGAGCAAAGAGACACCACCACGAAAGGCUACCUUAAAAUCGAGAAAAUCCAAUCCUUAAAUCAUCCGCUUGAUGAAGAAGGCAAAAGAAAGACAACUGGAGAUAAUGUGAUUGAUGGACAAAAGCUAAAGCAAUGGCUGGGGCGUUUUUUUGUUUUUUUUGUUUUUGUUUUUUUGGGCUUUUGGUUUUUUUUUGGUUUUUUUUUUUUUUGGUUGAUGAAUGGAAAAGAGACCCAUAAUGGCAGCUGAUGUUGAUAAACUUUCCGUAUUUGAAAUUAGAUUCCCUAGGUGGUAUAAUAUGUAUUUCUUGAGUAAUAAUGUGGUUACAGAAUUCCAAUGUCAUAGUGAAGUGCAACGAAAACCAACUUUCGGUGUCCGCUUUAGGCACUGCUCGAGAGGAGACCAGUCUGCGUUCAUCUGUGCGGGAAAGCAGCUGUUUAAUUGUUCUAGAGUUUUAGCAUUCAAACAUUCUAUGAAAGUCCAAAUCGACUGAAAUUGCUUUAGCUGAUCACUUGAAGGGGCCUUGGGAGUAAGAGGCACUGCAUUUUCUCACAAAUCUCCAGGCCCGAUUGAAAAGUCACACUGGAAAGGGUACAAGCAGCUGGCCGCGAUUUUAUCGGUCCCACGGUGGUGGCGACGGUGUUGUUCCUGGACGUUCUGAGAUUUCCAUUUGGCAUUGAAAAUUCUACAAAGAUUUCUGAAAACUUUAGGUACAACUACCUUAAAAAUAAUAGAUUGAUGAUUUCAUUUCCUAGAAGAAUUUAUUUUAUAAAUACUUUGUUUACACUUUAGAUUGUACUUGUCCUUACUGAACUUAAAAUGAUGAACCGAGUUUGAGUCAGCUGUUAUUCUAAGCUAUCAUGCUUAAGCUACGUCAACAGCAUUCCUUUGUCCUGAUGCUAAUAGUCCCAUCAAAAUUUGCCUGUGGAACAUACACAAUUCUUAAUUUUAAAAUGUCAGUUCUUGAGAUCUACUGUAUGAAGCUAUUGUCAGCUUCCCUAUUUCAAAAUGCAACCCGCAUCUAACUCUAUUGAUAUUAGAAAACAUUUGUUUUUUAAAAUACAUUGAUGUAUGAUAAAGAUGAUCUAAUUUGUGAAUGCAUACGCGCGUGUGGUUACUUUUUAUAAUGUGAAAUGAUGAAUAAUGAAUUGACUCAAAAUAAAACAUAGGUUAAUGAGAUACCUGUGUUUGUGAGAAAAGUUUUAAGUACUUACCUGCAGUUUUUUUGUAUUCCACCAUUAAGUAGAGUAAGACCGUUCAUUUUGAAGGAAUGGCUGAGAACCACCCCAACAUCAAGUAUAAAUUACUCCGGGGGCAGCAACUCAAUGUGAGACUUCUCCAAGACGUUUAUUUUCCCUUUUCCUUUCAUAUGGCCUCUUUGGAGCUAGUUUUAGUGAUUCUUAAUAUCUUUCACUGAAGGACAGUCAGGUAAAUGGAAUUGCUGAACUCCUUAAAAAUCGGGUAAAAACCAGGUUUGAGUGACGGGACGGUAUCGACUCAGUGAAUUCAGUAUUCUUUGUGGAUCUCAUGUAACUGUUUCGACCGUGACCUCUGUUAGCAUCUCUAACGUGAACCUGACUACGUGACUAGGAGAGCACGUGUGCGGUGUGUGACGUCCAAUCACGUUCUUCCUGCACUUGGAUUCAUACUCGGCAUUGACUCUGUUGCUUUAAAUAAAAUGGAGAAUUUCACUUGAUUUGUUCAAUAAUGACUCAUAAUAAUAAUAGCAGAGUUAGGGGAUUUAUUUUCCACCAUGCAUGCGGGAAAAGGGUAAAGUGUUUUGCCAGAGAAAACUCACUACUGCGUGUAAAUGUCAGGAGUGUGCAGAAGUCAGCUGCGGUCUUGGUCCCACUUACGAAAUGGUCAGUUAAGACGGCUAAUCAACAUUACUU